GAAUAAACAGUGGAUGAAGAGACGACGGAAUAAUUCCUCUCUGUAUCUGUUUUAAUGUUUUCACUUUUAUAAUGAAUUUUUUGGACAGGAUUUGGAGCGUAAACAAAAGUGGAUGAAGACAAGGUAUGAACACAUGAAUGCCUCAUCUGCAAUGGAAAACUUAACUCUGGCCACCAAUCAUUCAGAAUGUUACUUGGUUGACACCGCAUACAGGAGGCGGCCAUUUCUCUUUUUCUACCUGGCUAUCAUCAUCACCGCCAUCCCGUCAAAUGUCUUCUCCCUCUACGUGUCCUGGCAGCACAUUCGACAGAAGAACGAGCUCGGAGUAUAUCUAUUUAACUUGGCCCUUAGCGACCUGACCUUCACUAUCGGCCUUUCGCUGUGGCUGGACUUCCUGUGGAAAGGAGUUUGGGCCCACGGAGGUCAUGUUUGUGUGCUGUCUGUCUACUUUCUCUUCACUAACUUUUACAUUAGCGAUGCUCUCCUUUGCUGCAUCGCUGUUGACCGUUACUUGGCAGUGGUCCACCCAUUAAAGUACACUUUCUGGAGGAAAGUUGGCACUGCAGCGGCAGUCAGUGGUGCUGUUUGGGUGUUGGUGGUCUGUUUCAAUGCCACUACCAUCACCUGGGAGGACUCAUACUAUGAAAACAACAAGUUUUCAAUGUGCUUUGAUAUCUUCCUUCCACUUUCAGAGAACCUAGUUCGCGCUAAUGUAGCCCGUUUUAUCCUGGGUUUCAUUGUCCCCAUUCUCCUGGUGGUGUUUUCCACCUGGGGGAUCUGUGAGGCGGUGAAAUCCAACCAGGCCACAGAGGAACAGGAACGUAAGCAGAUUUCUAAGCUGCUGACAGUAGCUCUGUUCUGCCUUUUCUUCUGCUUCGGGCCUAUCCAUGUCAUGAUGCUCCUCCGUAUACUAGUGAAUGACUGCAGGAAAGUCGCAUGGUUCCUUUAUCCAUACAAGAUCAGCAUAGCUAUCUCAAGCCUCAACUGCCUCGCAGACCCUCUUCUGUACUGCUUCAUUACAAGAACCGGGAAAACAAAUGUCAAUCAGGUUGUUCUCUUCUUCCAAGUAAAAAAAAGGACUAAAGAUGAAGAUUUGGUGUAGGCUAAAUAAAGUACAGGUCUAAAUAAUGUAACAAUCUUGUGGUAAAUGUAACAGUUAGACAUAUUGGAAUUUGAUUUGUCAAAUGCCAGCCGUUAAAGACAAAGCUGGUGGUGUUUAUUGUUCUUGUCAGAAAUCAAAUUUAAAAUCCAAAAUAAACUACUGGUUAGUCUGUCUCUCAAAACUUUCAAAUAAUUUGUCUCAGGCACUCUGUCCCAAUCCCAUCAGUGUUGGAAGAAAUAUUCAGAUACUUUACUAAAGUAAAAGUACUAAAACCAGACUAUGAAAAUACUCAACAACAAGUAAAAGUCCUGCAUUCAAAAUCUUUCUCAAGUAAAAGGAUGUUAAGAGUUAACGGUUAAAUUUCCUCCAAGCAUCAACAAGCAUGAACUCCCUGUGCAAUAAAAUGGUCGCUGUUAGUGUUUAACUGUUCUCUUAUAUUAUUGUUUUAACGUGACUGCAAAUUUAGACUCCUUUAUAUUCUAAUAGGUAGUAAUUUCAUUAUAUUCUGAUAAAACAUUUUCUGUUUGUAGCGUGGUUUUCCUGUUAAGAAACAAUGUAUCUCUAAAAAGUCAGCACUGGUAAAUAUUUGCAUCUGAGAUAUAGCAAUAGAGUAUAUGUAUAAAGCUGCAGAAAAUUGAAAUACUUAAGUAAAGUAACAGAACGUUUAACUUAAGGUGCAGUACUAGAGUAAAUGUACAACAUUCCACCACUGAGCCCCAUACAUUUUUUUUUAAAGAUCCUUUCCAAAAUGCAUUUUAAGAUAUGCAAUUGUGUUUCUACUGAACACAAGAGCUCUCCUAUGUUUAACGUAGCUUAAAGGACAUUCUCAGUAUGUGUGCCACAUAACACUUGUGUGAGUUUAAAUAUUGGACAUUAAUUGGCUUCCAAAACAGUUGGAAGGUCACAAACUCAUAUUUGCAUGCACACCAUAUAGACUGUAUUCACACAUCUUAAACUUAAGUUAAGCACAGAAAGACUUCAGCAGAUGAAUCUAAAAACAACCCAUCAGCGUGAAACUCUGUACAUACCAUUAUUCUGUACACUGAAAUUAUUUUGUUCACCCCCGGCAUGUUUAACUGACAGUUUGCUUUGCGUCAUUGUCAGGAUAUACUGCAAAUGGGCUUCGGUAUCGCUGUCAGUGGCAAUGGCUGUCCCACAAGGGAGCAGUUGUCAAAAAACACUGUUGUUCUGUUGUGUGAAACCACCUCUAGACAGGUUGAAUCAAAAUAAAAUGGAUAUAAAUUCAAAUUUGGUGCCAUUCACCAUUUGAAUAAAGUGCGAGUAGGAAAAGACUGCUUUUUAAAAAAUCUGUGACCUUUGUCUCCAGUGUGCAUGAUCACUUAUUUGACUGUGGUUUCACUUCAGCUUUUGUCAACACUAUGUAUUUUUGGUCAGAGAAGUGUGGAUCAUGGGAAGGGUGUCUUUAGAGACAAAAUGAUUUCAUUCUUUGCAUAAGUGCUAUCAUCCCAAACAUCACACGCUGGAAGGACAUAUCUGAAGACUGAUAUAAACUUUAUCACUCACUGCCAACACAUGAUGAUGCUGUGAAUUUGCAAAUACAGGGCUCAAGAACAUUUUCAGCAAUGACCAUUGUCCAAUAAAAGGAUGUCUACCCUUUAAAUGAAACUGUCAAUGUAUGAGUCUAAUGUCUUCUGUGAAAAGAAAAGUUAUUUUAAAUUCCUCACAUGGUUGCAAACACUUCAUACAAAUAAAAUUGUGUGUUUUCUGCAUAAUUCAGGAAAAAUAAAAGUCAUAGGAGGGUGUGUUUUGAUUCUGAUUCUGAUUAUUCUACAAAGUGUUCUCAUUAUUGUGAAAUGUCUGUCAUAAAAGUCAUGUAAAUGUAAAAGUCAGAUGACAAGUGUAAAGUACGUACCUAAAACUGUGUCUUUAACUGCAGGUCUAAGGUGUGGCAGACUGAAUGUUAGUAUCUGAAGCUCUCUAGUGGACAAUUAUGGAAGUGCAGCAAAGUGUCCACACUGUUUACACCUGAAGUAGCAGACCAUUUCACACAUAAAUCUCUUCUCUUUUGCCUUUGCACACAUUGAUGUGUUACAUAACCUCUCGUGUUUUAUUACAGCAAUAAAACCUAACAUGUAAAGGCA